AGCAGUGGUGUGUGAGGCGCUGGUGAGGAAGGAGGUGCAGUCUCGCCAAGAGCCCCCGGACGCGCGCACACUUGAACAUUGAGAACGCUGAACAUUUGUGAAUAAGUGCCAGUGAGCGUCUACCCAUGAGAUACUGGAUAAUACUCAGCGCGGUGCUGGCCACUGGCUGGUGCUGCGGGUUCCCAGGGGCUCCGGCACACUCUACCGUCACCUUCUCCAAUGAACAGCUGAGCCCCAACACAGUGGCCACGUACUCCUGUGACCGGGGGUUCGAACUGCUGGGUCCCUCACGGAAGAUAUGUGGAGUGAACGGGACUUGGACACCUGCUGGGAUACCCUUCUGUGUGCUGAAUGUGGCGGCAGGCAAGGCUCCCAUGCAGUCGUCAGUGGCGGAGGGCGGCAUUCCGCAGAAGGCGGUUGAUGGCUCCAGCUCCACAAGUUUCACCACAGACACCUGCACCCUGACUGCCCAGGAGCGGCAGCCGUGGUGGUACGUCAACCUGCUGGAGCCCUACAUGGUACAGCUCGUCAGGCUGGACUUCGGCAGGUCCUGCUGUGGGGAUGACCAGCCGGCCGUGGUGGUGGUGCGUGUGGGCAACAACCGGCCAGACCUGGACAGCAAUCCGAUCUGCAACCGUUUCAUUGGCUUGCUGAAGGAAGGGCGGCCGCUGUUCCUGCCCUGCAACCCACCCAUGCCUGGCGCCUUCGUCAGCGUACACAUCGAGGGUCCGCCUGGUGUGCAGCUGUCAAUCUGUGAAGCCUUUGUGUACACUGACCAGGCUCUGCCAAUAGAGAGGUGCCCAUCUUUCCGCGACCAGCCCCCGGGCAGCACCGCCACUUACAACGGCAAGUGUUACAUCUUCUACAACCAACAACCAAAAACGUUCGAUCAAGCGCUAGAUUUUUGCCGCAGUCGAGGUGGAUCGCUGGUGGACGAGACAAAUCCUGCCCUGCAAGGAUUCCUAAGCUGGGAGCUGUGGCGCAAACACCGGGGAGACUCAAGUGGCCAGUACUGGAUGGGCGCCGUGCGAGACCCAGCGGACCCCAACAACUGGAAAUGGAUCAACGGCCGCGAUGUGUCCGUCUCCUUCUGGAACCUGCCCGGCGGUAACGAGAACUGUGCACGUUUUGACGGCACCAAGGGAUGGCUGUGGUCCGACACCAACUGUAACGCAGGCCUCAACUUUAUCUGCCAGCACCGGCCCCAGACGUGCGGCAAGCCGGAGCAGCCGCCUAACUCAACCAUGGUGGGCAACACCUUCAGCGUGGGCAGCAUGGUGGAGUACCGCUGCGACCCCGGCCACACCCUCGUCGGCCCCGCCCAGCGAUCAUGCCUCGAGUCUGGCUUCUUUAACGAGUUCCCGCCCACCUGUAGAUACCUAGAGUGUGGCCUGCCCGCGCCCAUCCGCCACGGCAGUUACUCUCUCAUCAACGGGACGCGUUACUACCUAAGCCAAGUGAAGUACGAGUGUGACCCUGGCUACACCACCAUCGGCCGCGCUGAGCUGGUGUGUGACCUCGACGAGCGCUGGAAUGGCCCUCCCCCGCUGUGCCACCCCGUGACAUGUGACGCCCCUGCACUCAUCCCACACGGUUCCUCCAACCUCUCCUCUCCGACCAUCACCUCUGGGUCUUCUGUCACCUUUUCCUGCAACGAUGGAUACGUGUUGGUUGGCCGCCGCUCCCUCACCUGCACUGCUGAGGGUACCUUCGACGGCCAACCCCCGCGCUGCGAAGUUGACGAGGCGGUGAAACCUUCACUGGAGGACUUGUCGACGGGAGCAGGCCGACCAGAUGACAGAGCGAGGCGCCCCCCGUUCAGGCCAGAUACCCUGCGUCCCGGCCCCCCGUACUUAACAGAGGUAGAGGAUAACGUUGUGGAGGCGGCUAACCCCAGUCUGGCAACUGUUCUGCCCUCGCUGGAAGCCGGGGACGACAACCGCAUUAAUAACAUCAACACUGACCGAGGCCAGAGCGUGGAUGACCCGACCUUCGACCUGCAUGACGAGAACUCCAAGGCCACCGAGAAGCUGCACCUGGGUGGCAUCAUCGCCCUCGGCGUGUUCGGCGGCUUUGUGUUCCUGGCAGCAGUCAUCACCACUAUUGUUAUCCUCGUCAGAAGGUCCCGCGAACUGUAAGGUGUUAGAGAGGCGCUAAUGAGUCAUGAGUCCAGUACGUGAGUUAUGUGAGUCUGGCGAGCUGAUCAGUUGACACACACACUCCCGCCAGGACCCAACAUGGACCCGCCAAGAAGUACGUCCGUCGUAGUGAUGACGGUACUGCCUCCUCCUACGACUCCUCUUCCUCUGACGGACACGGGCUAAACAAGUACUACAAAAGGGCGUGGGAGAAUCUGCGCGAGAGCGGCGGCGACCUGGAGAAGAACAGUCACUCUCGCCUUGCCCGCACGGAGACUCUUGACCAGCCAGACUUCAGGUCGACUCGCUCUGUGGGACACGAGGGCCUCCGUGACGGGUCCGAGAUGACUGUGAAUGACGUGGCCGCCAUGUACACCCGUCCGGAGAAACGCCGCCACCACCACCACCACCACGGCCACCGCCACAAGGGAGGGCGCGACACGGAGCGAGACCAUCACGACCGUCAGGACCACCACGACCGCUCCGGCCGCCACGACCGCCACGACCACAGCGAGCGUAACGACCGCGACUGGCGUGAUCGGGACCGUGAACGCAGGAAGUAUUAGAUGCUCCCGACCGACGACCUGUGAUGAGGCAAGGCACGACCAGAGCAACGAGGAGACGCAUGCUGACCGACUCCAUCUCACCUCACCCGCUGUCCAAGUAUAAAACCUCGGUUGGUGUCAAUUUUCUGCUGCUGUUUCCUGAAUAAGAGUUCGAUUCACACCAAGCUUUCUUUUUUUUCUUUUUUUUCUUUUUUUUUUUUCUUUUUUUUUUCCUCGAGGCAACGCGUGCCCGUCCCUUCCGGCGUGAUACAGCAUGAUGGAAACCAGCAGCAGGAACAAAGCGUUUGUCUUCACUAAGGUCGCAGCAUAAGCUCCUUCCUGUAUCUGCAAAAAUAAAAAUUUGACUCCUUCCAUCGUGUGGACAGAUGAUCUACCCGGGCCUCGAGUUGCUUCUGACGCGCGCCUCGCCGCCCCUGACUUAGGCCGCGUUAAGUUAGGAUUCUUGGUAAAUGCAUCUCUUCUUCCCCAUCAACCGUGCCGUCUCUCCCUGUGUCUUGAUAGCAGUCUUGGCCUCAGCUCAAGCGUCUCUCCAGUGACGCGCCGCCGCCGUUGUGGCCAAGAUGAAAAUAAUACCUUGGUUGUAGCCAUGCUGGCCCGCGCACUCUCCCGACUCACUAACUUCAAUAAUGUUCACGCUCAAGCACGCUAAACGUAGUGGCAUUAAUUACGCACCCUCGUACCUUGUCACGGCACCCUCAUACUCGUACAACUUUCAUGUUGCACACGGUACUAGUGCGCCUCGUCUGUGUUGACGAGGCUGCAGUGGUGGUGGGUGGCGUGCGCUGCACCGUCCAGCGCCGGGCGUUGGUUCGGCUUGAAUUGCUCAUCAACUCAAAUAAUAUUUCCAUCACUCUCAAAUUUGGCUUAGUUUCUUUGAUGCACUGCAAUCAUGACCCUUUACAGUAUUGUUAAAUAUGUCUCCAUUAAUAAAGAAUUGUUAAUACUCUUAAUUAAGGAAUUAACAAUGUGAACAACGUAACAACGACUUGGCUUCGAAAAUAUAUAGUAUUAAACUUUAUUUUUAAGUUUUCAUUGCAUAUAUAGUUAUCAUUACAUAAUUUAAAAUCUGUAGCAUUUUUAAGGUUUCCUCGAUAAUUUUGAGUCACAAAUGACGGAAAACGAUGUUCACAAACAUUUUCUACAUAUAGUUUAACUUCUGUUAUGGGAAUCCGAGCCCUGCUGGGUAACACGACUGAAAAGAUCAGCAUGAAAACGAUGUAUCGGUAAUGCCGGACAAUAUCCAAGAGGUCCUCACCCCAUCAAGCCUUGGCUCAUGUGCCAAUAUCCUUGAAAGAGAAAGAAAGUGGCGUGCUCUACGCGGGCACGGGAACACGCAAUGGGGCGGUGCUCCUCUGUCUCCUGCCCUUCGAGGUUCCCGCAGCGAUGUGUGUUCUUAGUCCUAUGGAGGCAUUAAUCUCUCUGAUGUACAUGAUUCGCUUGAUGUAAAUUGCCGCUGCCUCGCCCUGCCAGCACCGGAGCAGAGGCUCGUAAGGCGACUCAGCGGAACUUUGUGGUAGUUGUAUUCAUUCCAUGUAGAACACGUUGUUGUAGUCUACACGUGAGAUAUUUGGUGUAGCCACCUGUAUGUAACCUGUUUGUACGGUAGGCGUAGCUUUCUGGUAAAUAUAUUUAUGUUAUUUGUAUGAGUGUUGUUUUGCAUGGAUGUAAUGAAGUUGUCUGCACUAAUGUCCUGUCUGUGUAUAUGUGUGUGAUACAUAAUAAAUGUUAUGUAUAUAA